CGUCGCCUCUGGGAGCGCAUUAGUGGAGGUAAAGGAAAGUUUGGGCCCCUCCCAGCGGCCGGCGGCCCGCCCUGCUCACACCCGGUCCCGCCUGAGCUCUGCCCGAGUCUGGGGGAGAACCGUGCGGGCCUGGAGAGUGGUGGAAAAAGGAUUUAAAUUAUUAUGCAGAUUACCAAAGGGGUCAAUGGACGAAGAUGUGACGACCCUCUCUCUCCACUCCCACCAGCCCAAAAUUAUAUUCCAUGGGUCAGGUGGGGAUGGUGAAGCUGAGGAGGAUGAGGUUGCAGUGGAGCUACAGGGAACAGUCCUGGUAUCUGCUGUAGAAGGGGAUGAUGAGAUGGAAGUGCAUGGUUUUGCUCCUGAGGAGCUGGUCAUCCAAGACGGCAUUGAGGACGUGGUGGCCGAGUAUGUUCAGUGCACGCAGGAGGAGGAUGAAGGCCUGGGCACCGUAGCUGUGGAAACCUGCGUGAUGUCUCCUGACGUGGCUCUGGAAGACGAGGGCCUGCAGGUGGACGUUCUCACGGCUGCCGAAGUGCAUGGAGAUCCGGAAACAUGUGGCGAUUACCUCAUGAUUUCCUUGGAUGAAACGGGAAAGAUUAUUUCAGAUGAAGCCGCAAAGAUCACAGUUGAGGGCGCUCUGCAGGACCAGGAGGGUGGAGAAAAGGAUGAUGAAGGUCAAGAGGUCAUCAAAGUGUACAUCCUUAAGGCUGACUCAGGAGAGGAUGAUCUGGGUGGCACUGUGGAUAUAGGAGACGCUGAUAUUGAUGUUGCUGAUAGUGUGGAACUGGUGGACCCCUCAGGGCUGCCCAUCAGAGAGAAAAUGGUCUACAUGUCAAUGGGGGAAGCCAAUCAAAACCAGGAUGACAUCAAUGUUGCUAAGAUCACUGAUGAAGUGUACAUGGAAGUGGUGGUGGAGGGUGAGGAUCCUGCCAAUCAUCAGCGGCCAUUUGAUAACACCUCUCUCAGCAAGGACUUCAUGCCUGUCGCCUGGGCAGCUGCUUAUGGUGGAGAGGAGGCUGAGAGUUGUGAGAACAGAAAUGGAGCGGCCAGCGCUGUGUUACACAUUGAAGAGUCUGAAAUGAUAGAGAAGCUCAACCGUCAGCGAAGCAAGAACAAGAGCAGAAAACGCUCAGAAUCACGUCAUAUCCAGACAGAUACAAAAUCUCUACAAAAGUGCAUUACACAAGAAGAUAAGCGAAACAUCGGAAAGAUAAAGUAUCACGCAAUUAUCAUUGGGCCAUAUGGCCAGCCACUCACAGUAUACCCCUGCAUGUUAUGUGGGAAGAAAUUCAAGUCGCGUGGUUUCCUGAAGCGGCACACCAAGAACCACCACCAGGAUGUGAUGAACAAGAAGAAAUACCAGUGCACAGACUGUGAUUUCACAACCAAUAAAAAAGCUAGCCUUCAUAACCACAUGGAGAUUCAUGCUCUAAACAGCAAGGCUGCUCCAUUCGAGUGUGAGACAUGUGGUAAAGAUUUCCACCAGCAGGCAGCGCUCUUCUCCCACCGGCUGCAGCACCACCAUCGGGAGACAAAGCCGCAAAUAUCACCGCCAUCUACCAAAAUGUACAGCUGCAAGUUCUGCGAUUAUGAAACAGCAGAGCAGGGUCUGCUCAAUCGGCACCUGCUGGCCGUGCAUAGCAAAAACUUUCCUCACAUUUGCGUGGAGUGUGGGAAGGGCUUUCGGCAUCCAUCUGAGCUGAAAAAGCACAUGAGAACUCAUACAGGGGAGAAGCCCUACUCCUGCCUCUACUGCGACUACAAAUCGGCCGAUUCCUCCAACCUGAAGACCCAUGUGAAGACCAAGCACAGUAAAGAGAUGCCCUACAAGUGCGACCGCUGUUUCCAGACAUUUGCUGAAGCUGAGGAGCUCCAGCUGCAUGCUCUUACACACGAGGAGGCUAAAAGCCACCAGUGCGCCCACUGCGAGCACCGCAGUUCCAACUCCAGUGAUUUGAAACGUCACAUAAUUUCCGUUCACACCAAAGACUACCCACACAAAUGCGAUGUUUGCGGCAAAGGCUUCCACCGGCCGUCUGAGUUAAAGAAGCACUCAGCGGCCCACAAGGCCAAAAAACUGCACCAGUGCCGCCACUGCAGUUUCAAAACUGCCGACCCUUUUGUGCUCAGCCGCCACAUUCUGUCCGUGCACACCAAAGAGCAGCAGGCUUUUUCAGACAAAAAGGGGCUGAAGAAAGCCUUUGUGCUCGGAACUCACAGUGGUAAGAAGGUUUUGGCCACUGCAGGUGUAUCCAAAGUGCGUAGGGAACGGCGAGUGUAUCAGUGUGAGUAUUGUGACUACAAUACAGGAGAUGCUUCAGGCUUCAAGAGACACGUCAUAUCCAUCCACACGAAGGAUUACCCACACCGCUGUGACUUUUGCUCCAAAGGUUUCCGCAGACCUUCAGAGAAAAACCAGCACAUAGCGCGCCACCACAAAGAUCUGUUGCCAGGCAUGUAAUGUUCUCCAAAUGCUGCGAUCAGUAGGGCUGCAUGAUAGAUAAUUUACUGAUGGUUUUUGCGAUAUUGACCUCAGCAUUACUCAUAUUGCAGUUUGCAGUUGAGCCUCUGUCUGAUUGUGAUAUCACUAAACUGCUAUUGUAGAAGCCUCAAAAUGCAAAUCCACCUCUAAACAUGACAUCACUAAAUGCUCCAUUUGCUGUGAGCAUUCUGAACAAUCAGUUGUUUCUUUGGGACAAAUCAUAUAUGUUAUCUAACAGAAGUUAAAAAGCAAGAACCCUUCAGUCAAAUAUAUUGCAAAGCGUAUCGCAAUCACAACAUAGAGCAAUGUAAUCACAAUGUAAUAUUUUGGCCAUAUCGUGCAGCCCUAAUGGUCAGCAGGCUAGAGAGUGCAUUCUAAGCAGGAAGACUGCUUUUAGCUUUUUUGUUUGUUUGUUUUUUAAUUUCAUGGCGAUAAUGCUCACCUCAAGAAUGCUGGCUUAGCGCAGUCACAUGGGUCAGUGCAGUACAGAUGAAAUGAAGGAGUAGAGCAGCGGUGCCCACCUUAAAUCCAAAAGGACCUUGGUCUAGCACAAAUGGGUGAUUUCAGGGAAAUCCCAAAAUGAUGCUUGACUGAGGCCCUCCAGGACCAGAACUGGGCACCUCUGGAGUAGAUUUGUGGUGGAGAACAUUUUUCUGUUUUCUCUGUUAGCCGUUGUCCGCCUGAGUUUUUGUUCUGUUUUCUCACACACCCUUGUUAUAUCCGACAGCACUGGAGAUGCACCGCAAUGAGCUCGCUGGCAAGAGGAAGGGGUCAUGAAUGUGUGGUCGACGCUGUGAUACAAAAUGAAUUUGAAGCUUGUUUAUGUUCUUGUUUUUGAAUUGUUUUCAUUUUCAAUGUGUAUUUUUGUCAUUCUGUAACGACAGAGUGGUCACCCUACAAUUAGACGUUCAACAAAAUCCUUUUCAGAUUUUUAGACAGGAAGGAUUGGUCAGGGAAAUGGAAACAAGGUUUUGAAGUGGAAACCGUGUGAAACCAUAAGAUAUUGGACAUCUGACCAGUGAGCCCAGAAUGCGAGCUUUGCUCCAAGGGUUUCCGCAAAUCCUCAGGAAAAAUGAGCAUGUUGUGUCUUUGGCUUCAGAGCAUUCUUUCCGCUACUUGUGAUCUAAUUUUCAGUAACGUCACAAUAAGAGAUUCAAACAAUGUAAACCGCAAGGUACUGGGCACCUGUUUGAUGAUUCAGUAUAAAAAUGUCUUUCAGCUCUUGUCAAAUCCAAAAUGCCAUUAGCUAAAAUACUGGUAUGUAGCGCUAAACUGAUGUAAACAAAGUCUUUAAAAACCAUGGAUUAUCUAUAAAAGAGUGAUGAUAUUCCAUGGAAUAAAAUCAUGAAGCAGACUUGUUUAUCUGCUUUUUAGUAUCUACAUUCAAAUAAGUUAAUGUUCACAACAAAAGUAAAGCUCCUAACAAAGUCAGCCAUGAAUGAAUGAAGAGCCAGACACCAUAUUAUUGUUUAUGUGCACACUUGAAGUUUAUGUUUAUUUGUUUAGACAACAAAUGUUUGGCUCAUGAUUGUGCAUUUAAAUGACGUUUCUCUGCUUUGUGGCAGUUUUCAGUUGUGUGUGUUUUGCUUGUGUUUGGUAAAUUAAGAUUGAGCAGUAAGAUUCAUAAGAGUGCUAACUUUAUCUGCAGUGGCAGUUCUGGUUAAUAACUCUUAUUAGGUCUUAUACAGUCUUUUAAUCAGAAAGUGGUUAUAAGAUAAUAACAAAAUAAGCAGAGGAUUUUAAGAACAAAAUCUUAUGACCUUUAGGAGGACUAAGUAUGGCUUCUUGCCUGAUAGGAGAUAGAAACUUGAAAAGGAGAAAUGCACGAGUCUUGAGAAAGCAUAGCGUUUAACUUUGAAUAGGUAUAUUCUGAAAAAAGUGUGUAUAUAACAUUUGUAAAUACAAAAUUAUUAAAUAGAGUAUUUUGUGUCUGA